AGCAGUCGGUUUUUUCUCCUCCUCCGCUGUGGUGAAACUCCAUCAGGUUGUGACAGUCAUGUUGGCGGCUUGUGUGAGGCUGCUUUUGCUCCUCCCUCUGGUUUGCUGCGUCCCCUCCCCCUCCAGACCUCCUUCCAGACUCUGCAGGCGGUGCUGCGACCACCCGGAGACGCCAGCAGCUACAGCCCAGUAUCAGAUGCCUGAGGUCCGCACCGUCAUCAACAUGACCAUCCUCAAAGGCGAUAAAGGAGACAAAGGCGACAAGGGUACACCUGGCAAACCUGGUUUAGAGGGACCUCCUGGCUUCCGAGGACCCAUAGGCCCUAAAGGCAGCAAAGGCCAAGCGGGUGCCCCUGGCGACGCCUGCAAGAUCCCUCACUCUUCCUUCUCAGUGGGCCGUCGCAAGUCCCUGCACAGCGUGGACUACUACCAGGCGCUGGUGUUUGACACGGUGUUCGUCAACAUCCACGAGCACUUCAACAUGUUCAAGGGCAAGUUCUACUGCUACGUGCCGGGGAUCUACUUCUUCAACAUUAACAUCCACACCUGGAACUUUAAGGAGACCUACCUCCACCUGAUGCACAACGACAAAGAGCAGGUGAUUCUGUACGCUCAGCCCAGUGAGAGGUCCAUCAUGCAGAGCCAGAGUGUCAUGCUGGAUCUGGCGCUGAAUGACGAGGUCUGGGUUCGACUCUACAAGAGGGAGCGGGAGAACGCGGUUUACAGUGACGACGUGGAUGUUUACAUCACCUUCAAUGGAUAUCUGGUGGCACCCAGCAUCCAAUGAAAAUGGAACAGAAGGAAUAAGGAGUGGCAGAAUCUCUGGGAUUAUUGGGUGUUUUUGCCAUGGAUACUGCUUUAUGCCAAGAACUAAACAGAGAACAUUCCAGGUUUGGUGCUUAUUAAGGAUUCCUUUCAGCCUGAAGAGGAACGUGCUGCGCUUUCAUAUAUGAGGACUGCCCAAAAAGUAUUAGAAUCAAAAGGAACAAUAAAAAAAGAGAAAGGUAGCAGAACACACAAUUAGGAAGGAAUGCUGAAUUACUUCCUUUCAACUAGAAAUCCACUUUUGUACAAAGCAAAUCAUUUUUUCCUACUUCUGUGCUGUGCUAGUUUACCUCUUUGGUCACUAUUUUCAGGGACUUUGUGCAGAAACACAAGUUGUCAUAAAUCUGUGCAAUCAAGUAUGUAUUUGUUCUAUGGUGCUCCUUAACAGGAAUAGAUAUCUUCAAAAAAAAGUUCAUUUGUGCCUUGUAGAAGAACACUUCACUUUAAAGGGUUAGUUCACCAAAAAUCCACAAACACACUUACCUCUGAUGGUGUCUAGCCAUGCAAAUAGCCAUUUAGCUUCACCAACAUAUCUUUAAUAUGUAUUUCUGUAAACCUGUUCUGAUACAAUAAUGUUACACAGUGAUACAUUCAGGUACGUCAAGAAAUUUUUCCACCUGAUGUGCCCCCACUGUAGAGCUUAGUAGAGGUUUUCACAGGUCUACUAGUUCUGACGGGCUGGGUUGAAACCAGGUCUAAAUUAUAUUUAGAUUGGUGGGUUAGGGUCUCUUUUUACUGCUAUGGGUAUCUGGUCAGAGUAAUUCAGUACCAACAGUUUUAUGCAGUACGUCAUAAUCGCAGUGGAUGAAAAUAUGUUUGGAAAUUGGUAUCCUAUGUUAACUAAAGCUAAUAAGUUAGUUAUUUUUUUGGAUUUGAUUCUGUUAAGACUGAGUAAAUAACUGGACUCAAAAUGCAGGACACAGAUUCAGAUGGUUUGAAUUAAGAAAGGGAUUUAUUGUCACAAAAAGGGCUAGAUCGAUCACUGGGAGACAAUCCGUGCAGAUCCAGGAGGGAGCAGGCAGGUGAGGUUAGGCAGCAGGAUUUUAGGUGGAGGACUGGAGCUGGGCACAGUGGACAGAUACAUGAGACCGAUCACCCCGAGACACAGCUGAGGUAUUCAGAAAAAGGCAAGGCAAAAAAGUAGAGCAAAGAACAUGCCACAAGGAGAGCAGCUAAGAUGUGUUACCAGGCUAGAGAGCACAACAAUCUGGCAAAGCCUGGUGAGGAGAAACAGGUUUUUAUCCUGCGGCUGGUGAUUCAUGGAUCGCCUGUAGCUGUGGUGGCUGAUUGGCAUGAGGAUCAGGUGUAGAUGAGCCUUGAUUGAGGAGGAAGACUAAAACUUUUAAAUUGAUUGUCUUUGGAAAUUUAUAAUUAGUGUUUAUGACUUUGCAUGUGUUCUUAUAAAAGUACUGUAGCUGCUCUUUUCAACCAAGAUUGCUUGUUAAUUGAUAGCACAUCAUUGUCUUUUUUGCAUUUUUGGUGAACUGACCCUUUAAACAAAAGUAUGUCCCAACAUAUCAAAAAAAAAAAACAUAAUGGUGCUUCAUUACUAAAUUUAAUGAUUAAAUAUCAUGUAUUUUCACAGAGACUUCAAACUGCAGAGCAGUUCAUGUAAAUAGCUGUAUUAUAGCUGUCUUUAUAGCCUAAAGCUGCGCUACCAUUCCUGCUGUUGGGGCUGGACUGUGUAUGUGUGUGUUUUCAUUUGUAAACAGUAUUUCUUCCUUUACUAACCAAGUCUCUCUUUGUUCAGUAUCACUGAUCACCAGAAAGCUUGAUUAUGA